UUGGUAACUUACAUUAUAAUUUAUUUUAAAUAUUCAAUUUUAUUUUAUUUAUAUGAUUGAUUUUUAUAAAAUUAUUCAAAAUUUUUGUUUCAUAGUCCACCGGUUAAUGUCAUAAUUAAUUAAUACCUAUAUUAAAAAUGUCCAAACAAAUAGAUGACGUUACUGUGGAAAAUGAUUAACUUUGACAUCAUCAAUGAGAUAAGAGAUCUUGACAUGAAAAGAAGAUCGAUUAUUCAUAAAAAAAUUGAUCGCUUGAAAAAGUAGAAGGAUGAAACGUUAUCAGGUGACCACCAUGUGUUAUAAUGGUAACAUACUUUGUUAGAUUGGACAAUUAUAAUUGUGGUAAAAUGGAUCGAUUUUCUCUGCUACCUUUAUGUUUCAUGAUAUACACAUCGACCGUAGUUAGAAACGUAUAUCGAACCAAUGGCAAGGUAAACUUUACAUCCAGUGUGUCGCGGUUCGCAUUACCUUAACGUUGUUAUACGAAAGUAAAAUCUUUCUUAUAAAAAAAAAAGUGUAUCAUUUGAUUAUUUAUAGUAAAUAUAGAAUAAAUUAUAUAAUCAUUAUGGAAAUUAAAUGACAUACACCAGGAUAUAUGUAACUACGAAAAAUAUAUGAAAGUGUAACCGAUCGAAAAAUGAUGCAUAAAACGUAAGUCUUUAUUGAUUAAAUCAUUGAAACGUUAAAUUGGUCAAAGUCUGUCAGAAAAAGUCCAGGUGCAAUUACCUCUACACUACUAUUAUAUUAAACAUGAAGUGGCGGAAGGGGUCUAACGAUUUUUUUCCGGAGAAAACCUUUCUUAUUAUCAAAAAUAACCUAGAAUCACUUACAGCUAAAAAACAUUGUCGACGAAUUAAAUCAAAAUCUGCAGCAGACACAGGAACGUGGCCUCCAAAAGUAAAGAAACUCUGUCCUUAUAAUGUUGAAGAACGACCAAAGACUGCAAACUUGGAAAAGCCAAGUGUCCUCGACCCCAGUUUAGUUAAUAAAUUAGAUAUGUCUUUACUAAGUAAGGAGUUAUUGUGCGAUUCUAUGACGCGCAUUCAGCUUGGUGGACGUAAUGUAGGUGGGGAAGCAUCAUCGAAUAAUUAUAGGAGUGUACCAUCAAGCAUUGUUGAGAGUAAAACAUUUGUUCUUCGUCAGAAGCGUCAAAAUUCCGAGCAUUCAGUGACUUCUGAACAGUUUAGUAAAGAACCACAACUAGAACCCGUGAUCAUGAAAAAACAGUUACCGCUGAGCCCUUCGAUUUCUAACGAUCGUAAUAAAAAAGUCGAUAUCAAUAAAAAGCUCGAUGACAAUAAUAAUAAAAAUCCUACUCACGGGAUCAGUAAGCCAAUCGGAUCAUUGUCAACUGUAAAAAUAUCAAAAUCAUUUAGAGCAGCUCUACCUGAUGAAAUUGAAGUUUUCACCAACUCCACUACUAAAAUAGUGCCUGAACCGUGUAAAACUUGUGGUCGUCCUGAUCAGCCGGAAAGAUUUCACAGUCAUCCCAAAAGUGCUCUACCUGUUAAAGGUUCUAUUAAGGAUGUGGUGAAUCCUAAUAAACCUAAAGAUAAAGAUUUAAAGAAGAAUAUACAGAAACCAGUUGCAUUAAAUUUCCGAAGUGAAAAGAAUAAAAAUAAAAUAAAAGAAUCGGAAAUAGAAAUAAAUAAAAAAGCAGGAGCUAUUGCUGAUGAAGUCAUUCAACUAUCGAGACCGUCAUCGACGAAAAAAGGUCCGCGAACUGUCAUGUGUUACAUUUGUAGUAGAGAAUUUGGUACAGCUAGCUUCCCAAUUCAUGAGCCCCAUUGCCUACAGAAAUGGGAACGUGAAAAUAAUUCUUUACCACCUUCCCAACGCCGGCCACCACCUCAGCGACCAACUGUGGAUUUUGAUGACUACCAAUGGAAUAAUGCAGCUUGGGAAUUGUCUCAAACUCAAUUGCUUCCCUGCUGGAAGUGCGGAAGAACAUUUUUACCAGAUCGGUUACCUGUUCAUCAAAAAAGCUGCAAGGCUACACCCAAGAAUUCAUCAGCUUUAGACAAAUCAGACAGGUCUGAAAGAACAAGAAAUACAACUAGCCGAUUGAAUUUAUCGACAGUUUUUUGCCCAAGAUGCGGACGAACUUUUACUGUGAAGAGCUUGGAAACACAUGAAACGCAAUGUUUAAAACGUUGGCAGGUGGAUCAGAAAAUAAAAGAAGAACAAAAAGAACCUAUCAUGAGUCCAAGGGAUUCUCAAAAACGGAUAGUGAAUUGCUAUAUUUGCGGUCGAGAAUAUGGAUCAGCAGGUAUUGAUAUUCACGAACCACAAUGUUUAAAAAAAUGGAAUGCAGAAAAUCUAAAAUUACCAUUAAAUCAACGAAUGCCUGAACCUCAAAAACCGGAAAUCGUUUUGAUCGAGACAUCGACAUCAGGAAGUCCUGUAAUAGAUUGGGCAGCAACUAGUGAAGCACGAUGGAAAUCCCAUUUAGGUCAAUUAGUACCAUGUAAAAAUUGCAAAAGGACAUUUAAUCCUGAUCGUGUUGCUGUUCACGAACGUACUUGCAAAGGAACUCGUUAAAGGAUAUUGUUGUAUCCUAAAUAAGGGUGUUGUACAAAGAUUGCGACUGAAAUUAAAUCAACUGUCUAUUAACUUUGUAUUGAAUUAAUCAGUUAGCAAUACUAAUUAGUUAAAAGCAUUAAAUAAAAUUAACAAUUAUUAGCAAAAAUUAGACGGUAUUAAUAAAGGAGCCUGUAAUAUUUGAACUUUCAUACACUUUGGUUCCUCUUAGCACAUAAUAUCAACUUUUAACUUAUGCUAUUGCUAUACUGAAAGAUGUUCUUAAUAUAAUUAUAUUAUACAUACAUAUAUAUAUAUAUAUAUUUUCUAAUUUAUAUAAUUACUAGAUGAGUGAAAAUUAAUUUUUUAUCAUCGAAAGAAUUAAUAAUAGCU